CCAUGAAAGGUAAAGAAAAUUAAUAAACAAAUUCAUACAUUAAGCGUCACAAUCCCUUCAUGGGAAAGAGAUAGAAGAGAGAGUAACAAUCUAUUCAUGGGAAGGAGAGCAUGGUCAACCUCUCUCCUCUUCCAAUCCAAAAGCUUCUGUUUCUCUCUUCUCUAUCUCUUCACAACUCUGUUUCUCGCUCUGUAUUCCACAAUUUCAACCAAAUGCAUCUUCAGAUCUUCUUCACCAUUCAAUCCAAUCCAGAAAUCCCUCUUUUCUUAUCCUCCCACUUAUGGGGAACACAAAUAUGCUAUCCCAACUGUCAGAUCCUCCUGCACUUCCCCUGUUUUCUUCUCAGAUUAUUCCAUGGUCUUGAAGGAUAUCAAAGAAAUCUGCCAGAAUUCUUCAUCUUCUACAUCAACUCUGAAUUAUCCGCCAAAGAAGGCUGAGAGCUUUGCAGGGAAUUUUAGUACCAAAGAGAGGAUGUCUUAUUUUGAUCACAGAGAUGAUCAGGUGGAGGUGCCUUGCGGAUUCAUGAAGCAAUUCCCCUUUAGUGAUUCUGAUAGAAUUGCUAUGGAGAGCUGCAAGGAAGUGGUAGUAGUCUCAGCAAUUUUUGGUGACCAUGACAAAAUCCGUCAACCAAAAGGCCUCGGAUCGAAAACCUUGGAAACAGUUUGUUUCAUUAUGUUCAUAGAUGAUCUCACUCUGAAAGGUCUUCAAUCUCAUUACCUUCUUAUCAAUGAAAGCCAAGAACAUAAACUAGGUGUAUGGAGAAUCGUUACUGUUUCUGGUGAGCUUCCAUAUAAAAAUCCAGCCAUGAAUGGAGUAAUACCCAAGCAUUUGGUUCACAGGCUCUUCCCAAAUUCUAAAUUCAGUAUUUGGUUGGACGCGAAGCUGCAAUUAAUGGUUGAUCCAUUGCUGUUAAUCCAUUCUCUUGUUAUAUCAGAGAAUGUGGACAUGGCUAUAUCCAAGCAUCCUUACUAUAUUCAUACAAUUGAAGAGGCAAUGGCAACUGUAAGGUGGAAGAAAUGGGGAAAUGUUGAUUCUUUGAAGGAGCAAAUGGAGGUGUACUGCCAAAAUGGUUUAAAGCCAUGGACAAGCCACAAGCUCCCAUAUACCACAGAUGUACCAGACACUGCUCUGAUACUGAGGAGACAUGGAGUUAGAAGCAACCUUUUCUCCUGCCUUAUGUUCAAUGAAUUGGAAGCUUUCAACCCAAGAGAUCAAUUGGCUUUUGCAUAUGUAAGAGACAAAAUGAAUCCAAAGAUAAAGCUGAACAUGUUUGAAGUUGAAGUGUUUGAGCAAAUUGUUUGGGAAUUUAGGCAUAACCUGAUCAAACAUGGUGGAGGAAGAAGUCCAGCAGAUCAACUGCCAAUGCCAAGAACAAAAUGGAAGGAUGUGUUUAUUAAUAAUGGCAGCCGUAGUUGUAACUGUUCCAGUUAUCUUCUACCAAAUGUGGCGGGAAUCCCAUGACUGAUCUUUUUAUCUUU